AUGGUUUGGUCAGCUUUAUAAAUCAAAUCAAUUAAAAAAAUAGCAUCAAAAAAANACUGCAACACAAAAAUUUGUAAUCUUUGUUAAUAAGAGUAUCACGGUCAACUCUAACAAGUAGAUUUGUAUUUUAAUUAGAAUGAAUAAUGCCCAAGCAUUUUAAUUGAGAUUCGGAAAGCACUUUGGGAUGCUCCAUGUAUGGUUUGUCCAAUCUGUUCGUUAUUUCAAACUUAUGAUAAUAAAUCGAAUCAUGUAUCGUGUUUUGCUUGCAGGUCAUGUCUCUGUGGAGAUUGCUCUGUUGAUAGAUAACCAAUAUUGGGUCAUGGCAAUCAUUACCAUAGAGUGGAUUGUCCAAGUUAUUAACCAUGGAUAAAAAAUGGCAAAGUAAUUUUAGAUCCAGAAUUUGAUAGAAGAAAUUGUGAUAAUUGCAAAAAAAGCGGGAAACCAUGUUUGUAUCCAAUAAGUUUGUAAGAGUACAAAAAGUUAAAACACUAUUGA